GCGCAGGCAAUCUAUGGCUGUUGGAGCUGUGCCUGGCCAAGGGUGCGGCAGCUGGAGCAGCAGAUGCCUGUGGCUGGACCGCGCUGCACUGGGCAGCCGCUAAUGGGCAUUCGAGCGCUGCGCGGCGGCUGGUGGAGGCGCAGCCCCAAGCUGUACUCGGGGCAGCCAACAUGCAGGCCAAACAGCAGCAGCCUUCAGUAGGCGAGGUUGGCAGUGGAGUUGGGGCGCGCGACUGUUUGGGCCGCAUCCCGCUGCACUGGGCGGCGCUGGCAGGCCACCACGACGCUGCGUGUGUGCUGGUGGGGGCGAUGCAAGCUGCACAGCUUGGGCUGCACGUGAAGGACUGCGCGGGGGUGACGCCAACACAGCUGGCAGCCAGCAGGCAGCACGUGCGGUUGGUGACGCUGCUGCUGGAGGCGGCAUACAGUGGCCCGCACUCUGCAUUGGGUGGGGAGUCGGAGUCGCAGCUGCCAGGCACCACAGUUGCCACGGGCCAACCGCAAGCCGGGAUGCUGUGUGCAGGGCAUGGCCUGACGGCGCUGCACCUGGCGGCUCAAAACGGUCUAGACACG